UCUUGGUAUUUUCUAACUCAACUCGUGGAUCGGAACGUGGCUCCCCUCCAAACGCGGCCGGUGACUUGUAGGACCCCAGCCCUGGCCUCGGCCGCCGCGCACGCCCUCCGAAGUCUCGGCUGGGUAGGAGCGCGAGCCGGCCGCGAGUGUCUCCGUGCGCGCCACGGGCGGGCCGAGGGCUGAUUGGCGGGGGGAGGGUCCCCGGAGAACCAGUUUGGGAUUUGUCGUGAACAGCAUGGAGGAGAAUGACCCGAAGCCCAGCGAAGCGGCGGCGGCGGAGGGGCAGCGGCAGCCGGAAUCCAGCCCCAGCGGCGGCUCGGGCGGCGGCGGCAGCCCGGGCGACGCGGACACUGGCCGCCGGCGGGCUCUGAUGCUGCCCGCGAUCCUGCAGGCGCCGGGCAACCACCAGCACCCACACCGCAUCACCAACUUCUUCAUCGACAACAUCCUGCGGCCCGAGUUCGGCCGGAGGAAGGACACGGGGACGUGCUGUGCCGGCGCGGGAGGAGGACGAGGCGGUGGAGCCGGCGGGGAAGGCGGCGCGGGCGGCGCGGAAGGCGGCGGCGGCGCGGGCGGCGCCGAGCCCCUCCUGGGGUCUGGCCGAGAGGCCCGGCAGAACGCGCCCAGUGCGCCCGCACCGCUGCCCGGCGGCGGCGGCGGCGGCGGCAGCGGCGACUCUCCGGGCGACGGGGAAGGCGGCUCCAAGGCGCUCUCCCUCCACGGCGGCGCCAAGAAAGGCGGCGACGCCGGGGCCCCCCUGGACGGGACGCUCAAGGCCCGCGCCUUGGGCAGCGGCGACCUGUCGGUGAGCUCGGACUCGGACAGCUCGCAGGCCAGCGCCAACCUGGGCGCGCAGCCCAUGCUUUGGCCGGCCUGGGUCUACUGCACGCGCUACUCGGACCGGCCUUCUUCAGGUCCCAGGUCCCGAAAACCAAAGAAGAAGAACCCCAACAAAGAGGACAAGCGGCCCCGCACAGCCUUCACGGCGGAGCAGCUGCAGCGGCUCAAGGCCGAGUUCCAGACCAACAGGUACCUGACGGAGCAGCGGCGCCAGAGCCUGGCGCAGGAGCUCAGCCUCAACGAGUCGCAGAUCAAGAUCUGGUUCCAGAACAAGCGGGCCAAGAUCAAGAAGGCCACGGGCAGCAAGAACACGCUGGCUGUGCACCUCAUGGCCCAGGGCCUGUACAACCACUCGACGACCGCCAAGGAGGGCAAGUCGGACAGCGAGUAGGGCGGGCGGGCGCUGGGGCCGGCCUCCGUCGGCGCUAAGCAAUGCAAUAAUGUAAAAUCAUAAAGGGCCAGUGUAUAAAGAUUAUACCAGCAUUAAUAGUGAAGAUAUCGUGCAUUAGCUAUGGUUCUGCAAUAUUCUAUGUAUAUAUAAUUGACAGGUGGUGUAAAAUCCAAAAUAUCUGACUAUAAAAUAUUUUUGAGUUUUCCAGUGUUUAUGAGAUUAUGCUAAUUUUAUGAUUUUUUUUUUUUUUUGCGGAGGGGGCUGCUUAGGGUUUCAUCUUUUCUAAUCCCCUAGGCUCCGUUGUGGGACUUGGGACACUUUUAUUUUUUAAUUUCAAAAGAAGAAAAAAAUUAAAACAACUUGCUGAAGUCCAAAGAUUUUUAUUGCUGCAUUUCACGGGACUGUGAACCGAAUAAAUAGCUCCUACUUGGUCUCUGAGUUCUGCCCCUUUGUCUGUGUGGGCCUGGUGAGGACAGCAGGAGGGUCUG